GCUGCACGCCUCUCACGUGCGCCGUACUGUCAAUCAGUCUCGCGCGUCACGGUCCUCGUUCACAGGUGAUAUCUAUUAUCUCACCUCGCGCGCGGUCAGGUGUCUGCGGGCCAUCCACCCCCCACCACCACCCCCACCUUUGCUCGAGACGUUUUUGUGUCGCUUUUGGAGAGCUGCGGAGAGCCUUGCAGAUGCGAUGUUUGAGCAGUGAGCAUGGCGGAGAAUUGUCCCGAGUACGGCUACCUGGAGGGCGAGUCCAUCGGGGAGCAUUUCGCCGAGGAUCCGGAGCUGAUGGCCAUCAAGGCCAGGGUUCAGGAGCUGGAGAUGGAGGAAGAGUCUGAAAGGCUGAAGGAGGAGGAGGAGCGGUGUGACGCGGUGGACAUGCAGCUCCUGGCCAGCAGCCCUCAGCCCGGACCUUUCUACAAUAUGACUCCCGAGGAGAGGAUAGAUGCAGACAACAGAUCAGUCUACGUGGGAAAUGUAGACUAUGGAGCGACAGCCGACGAGCUAGAGAUCCAUUUCAAUGGGUGCGGUCCUGUCAACAGAGUCACCAUCCUGUGUGACAGAUUCUCUGGUCACCCCAAAGGCUUUGCUUAUAUUGAGUUUUCAGAUCGAGACUCUGUGCAGAGCGCUAUUGGUUUGCAUGAGACCUUGUUCAGAGGAAGAGUCCUCAAGGUGUUUCCCAAGAGGACCAACAUGCCUGGCAUCAGUACCACAGACAGGGGAGGACUCAGAGGAGGUCACUCCAGAGGCAGAGGUCGCGGUUACGGUCCACCUCGAUACCACAACAGCUCUCGAGGCAGAUUCCGGUACCAGUCAACAAGGCCGCAACAUCAGACACCCCACCCUUACUACGGAGGACCCUCAGUGGCAAAGAGACAGUACGGACACAUGGGCUACCAUGAACAGAUGCCUAAACGUUACCCAUGUCUCCUUCUCAUCACACCACCGUCUGAGGAAUCAGGGGCAGAGUCCAGCGGACAGCAUUACCCUCAACAACGCUAGCACUACCCGCAGCACACAUGCCAUGUGGGUGAUUAGAAGUUAUUUUAAACCAGUGCAUUCAGGCAUUACUGUUAGCCAUUAUUUGAGAAGUACAGAGCUGACUGCCAGCAUCUGUCUUUCAUCUGUAUGAGAAGGGAAUGAAACAAAGAGGUGUUACAAGCUUAAGUUGCUGUGAAUGCAUGGGACAAUCUUGAAAUUGUUAUGCAGCUGCAUCUUUGUUUUUACAGAUUGACAUGACGGUUUUGUGUCAUUGCCUGCAAUGUUAUGUAUAACCCCUCGCCCCCAUGUAUAAGUUCUUUGCUAUAAGUGAAUAAAUAAAACAAUGACCCAGUG